UGACUGAGCAUGAAGUGUUGAAGAACAACGAAACGUUAAGGGAAAUUACAGAAGGUGAAAAAAAAAGUGCUUUGAUUACAAGAUUUAAUUCCAAGUAAGAGUGCGUCUAGCAUACGUAUGGGAAAAGUUUUCAACAGAACUGGCUCAUCAGUUUCAGGGUAAUAAGGUAACAAAAAAAUUCAACACAGUUACACGAAUGAUGUGGUGGUUUUAGGCCAACCCUGGUAUGUUUCGAGUGUUUAAGCACUGAGUCGAUAAUAAGUGGUUCUAUGUCCACUUUAAUAAGUGGUUGGUUCUUCUUUAGCUCGUUCAGUGUUAUAAAAACCAUAAAUUAAACUUUGUAAUGAGAAUCAUAAAAAAAACAUAUUUUCUGUUGUAUUUAAUCAAAAGUAUCUGAAUGUAUACAUGCAUUUUAAUAAUUAUUUAUCGUGAUUGUAAUAAUAUAUUCAGUUCAUUAAAAAUCAUCUGCAAACCAUAAUCAUACGUUUUACAAGUUUUAUUGUGAAAGGACGUUAAUGUGUGCCAACAGGUAUUGUACGCCGUGAGAAUCGAUAGAGCUAAGCUUUUGUUGAAAUUCCCAAAGCGAUGGGUAUUUCCAUCCUCGAAUGACGCGCUCAUCCCUUACCGACUGGGGGGGUAUAUAUACGGCUACCAAAGUGCCCGAAGGCAUUUGGGUGUUAUAUUCUUCGUAGAGAAACUCAUGAAGCCAUGUCGAGCAGAACAACACGACGCCAGAAGAUAUCAAGAACAGGUAAGUUUACAACACUUACUUAUUUUACAUAAUAUUGUGUGCGGUUUUGCUAUGUCUCUUGUUUGCUAUGUCUCCUAAUAGCAAUGCUUAUUCAUGUACUCUUGUCAUUUAUAAGAUUAACGGUUUGGUUUUACUUAAUUUAUAAUUUUUUUUAUUUAGAUUUUUUUCCCUUAGUAUUUUAUCAGCAUUUUUACAGCGUAAAGAAAAUAAUUUGUUACUUUCUGCAUAAAUUAAUUUUGAUACAAAAAUUUUAUUAAAAAAUUUCUUCGCACUUUGGAAAAUUAAUUUUUCUAGACGUGGUUGUCUUUGCAGAAUCCAUCACACAGAACGGUGUCAACUUUUAGGAUGAUUUUUACUCUGUUCUGUAAUAUAAAAUGGAAUUAUAUCGCUUAAUAAUCAGUAAUUUUAAACAUACAACAUAGAAUCAGCUAUUAAAGAUAAGUAAAUUAAAUAAUGUUCUCAUUUACAACGUUUGUGACAAUGAAAUAUAGGCCUACAAAAUCAAAAAUAGAAAAAAAUCAUAAAAAAAUAAAGUACAGGCCUAAGUGUAGAUGUCAGGUUUUAUAGUUCAAAUGAAAAAUUAUUUUGACUUCACUGUUCCGAGAAAAAUAUUUUAUAAGGUGUUGUUUUCAAGUACUGUAUGUGUGUUUCAUGGUUCCUGUAGGUUUCAACAUCAGUUUUAUGCCCUACAGAAAAAUACAUGUAUAUUUAUUUUGACAGAUCGUUUAAAAAAAAGGAAAAAUGUUUUUCUUUGAAAGGUCAGCUAUUUUAACAACAUUUGAUAAAUUUUCAGUGGAACAACCAGAACACCCUGGCCACGUGCUUCGAUCCAGCCCCCAUUAAGGCCUACAACAAAUAAUAGCAUGGUUACACUUAUUCACUGUUAUGUAAAUACAGUUCAUAAACCAUAAAAUAACUCAAGCUGUUGGAAAAAAAUAUGUUUUUGAAGUCAGUAGAGAAAUGUGCAACAUAAACAUUAUUCCAGAUUUUACAGAAAUGUUUUGAGUGGUGCCGAUUCGAACCUUACCGAUCUGGAUGGUUAAGGAUUUUUAUAAAAUCACCAAUGUAAUAUAAUUAUAUACACUUCUCUAAUUUUAAAACUAGAGGAUAAGCACGAUGUAAAAUUCCACCGCAUCACGGAGUAUCGAAUCCAUCCUGCAAACUAAGGUGGUGCCAGGGCAUAUGAAUAAAAUUUCAUGAUGGAGAGAUAGUGGGUAAUAAUGCUGUAUUAGGAUUUUCUGCAUCCUUCGAUGCAAGGUCACGUGUCACAUCGCAACUCUGAGAGUCGUGGUGGUUUGGGAUCGUCCGGCCGACCGCACAGCCGGGUCGGUUGUUAACCCAGCUGUUUAACCACGGGAAGACAGCUGGCAACAUUAGGAUGGCUAGGCCCACUCUUUCACCCUCUCCCCCCCCCCCCCCCCUCGUAACUUCUUUUCUAAUGACAUGAACAGUUCACUAGACUCGGCCUUAUCAUUGUCCGCCAUCUAUCGUCCUCCACUCUACCUGGCGACGGCGACCUUGAAGCCGAGCUAUCAUGCUUCUCGCAGCUAAGAACGUGAUGCUACGCAAGUACACGCGCAUUCAUACACAUCAGAAUACUUAGGGCCGUAUCCCAAAACAAAAAAAAUAAGGGUUAAGGUGUUGAAUAUGCAAUAUCUGUACCCUAACAAUAUUCCAAGUGCACGAUAGGACACGGCAAGUCCCUUAUUUUUAGGGCACUGAUUUUUGGUGUCCUAUCUGUUGCCGAUUUGAUCCAUAACAGUAUAGAUAUUUUUUUUUCCUUUUUAAUAAACUGUAACGGAACUUUUACGAUUACAAUUUCCCCCCUAAUAUCUUAAAAAACAGCAAACAUAAAUACGGCCAAAAAUUCAUCGUUUAUUCUUGUACAACCAAAAUUAAAUAUUUUAUUUCACAUUAUAAUUCUAUAGUUUUAAAAAAUAAGCUAAAAUUACGAUGUAUUCCACGAAGUUCAACUGUUUAUAGCCUCGCACAAGUCCUUGUUUAUUAAAACGGCUGCCGAUCUGAUACCUUACAGGGGUUCAGUUAGGACACGAUUUGGAAUAUGACCCGAGAGUUAGGGUAUGGCAGUUGCCCAACAAGGCAGUGCAUAUUCGCUUCCUUACUCAAACGUCUUGGAAUACCGCUCUUAAUGUUUGUCUGAUGCAUCGUAGCUAGCUGAUGGAGCAUAUGCGGAUACGGCAUUUGAUUGGUCCGCGUGACCUAUGACAUAAAAUGUUGAUGGCACAGUCACGAGAAGCGAAUCUGACCGUAGAUGGCAAACAUGAACUUUGAAGGUCAAAAAUAAGUUUUUCUAACAAAUGUCCUGAUGUUUAGGUUUUAAUAAUUACACCUUGAACACCAUUUUGUUUCAUUAGUAUUAGUAUUCUGUUAAAAUGCUUUGAAACGACAUAAUGAUUUACCCGAAAAUAAAAUAAAAAGUUUAGGCAUGAAAAUAAUAGGUUUUGUCUAAAACUCUUAACGAAUAUUAACUCUUCGCAAUAUUUUUUUCAAUACACAAAAAUAUAGGAAAACCAAGAAUAAACAUCUAAAGCAAUCUACCAUGCUGUCAUCUAUGUAUUAUCACGUGAACCAUAUGCACCAGAAGAGAGUAUGUGGCUCGCUACUUUAGAAAACGUGUCGGAAAGUAUGGUUGCACAACUUGGUCAAGUAGAUCAGACAAACGUGACUGCGCGAAUGUGGUAGAAACUUUAUUGUGGGUUCCAAACUGGACCUCAACCCCUUUCUUCACUUCCCAUGAGGAGAGGAAAAGUGCAGGACCACCGAGGAGAACGGUCUAAAUAGCAGGAAACCAUAAUUUACACUUUUUAAAACUUUAUUCACGAAAAAUCUUCAUGCUUGUGUUCUUUUUAAAAUUUAAUUUUGAAUUACACUACCCCAAAAUGCAGAACGCUUAUUUGGGCAAUGUACUGACUUAACUUACACCUGUAUCAUAUGACAUAGAUAACAAUGAAAAACGAUUAUUUUUUUCUAAUAAACGUUUCCAUUUUUAUCAUUAAAUUAAAUUCAUAGCUGAUAAAAUAUUUACACCAAAAUCAAAUGGGUAUGAAGAGAGUGUUCUAAUCGCUAAAUCAUGCAAGCAUAAUCUAUUUAAAUAAAAAGUAAAUAAAAUUUAAUUUAUUUACAUCUAUAUAAUGUUAAAGUUGAUGACAAAAACAAUACCAAAAUGUUUUAUUUCGUUUAUUUUUUAUUUCCUGGUGGUAUUUAAAAUCCCUACCUGAUACAUGAUACAUAUUGCUAUUUAACCUAAACCUAUUUCAAAAGAAACACAUACAGCAUUGUCACAGUUACCAUAGAUUAGCACUCAGAAAGCAAGCACGCGAAUAUGCAACGCUUCUAAAAGCAGCAAAUUAAUUAUAUGAAAACAUAUUUCAAGUGACAAACUAUUAAUAAUUAUGGAAACAACCUUGCAUUUCUAUUUGAAUUUGUUACUUUGCGCAAUAAAUCUAUUUUUACAAACGUCAGGCAGCAGCAAAAUUUAAAGCAUCUUAGUUUAAGUGAAUCUACGGGAAGCUGCCGUCGAAUAUAACGAAUGCAGAGAUUUUGACAUCGGCCUUGGUAAAUUAAAAUAGCAUUCGCAAUAAAAGUUUACAUAUAUCGUUAGCUCAAGGCAUAAAGCUCAAACGUAUGAUCGACUUUUGUAACACAGUACUUUGAAACGGGAUUUAAAUUCGGAAACAGUAGGGUUCAAAUUCCCAGUGAGUAUGGAUUUUGGGGCGCGUUUGAGUUUGAAUGUUUAAUCAGCAGAUAUAAGAAGUACAUAUUUAUAAUAUAUUUUAUUAUAAGUAGGUAGAGACCGGAAAAAUUUAUGGAUUCAUUUCGCGAUAUGCUAAAAUACAAAUAUUUGAACCUUAUGUUUAUGCUUUUGGUGAGGACUGUGGGCCAAUUAUAGACCCUCAGUCAAAGCAGUAUUGAAUCACAAGUCUCCCAAUUGAGACGCCUCACAAGUCAGUAGCCAAUGAACAGGUGACGUUUCCCCGAGUAUGCACAGGAUCGUGAAGUCUAUCCUAGAGGUCAUUCAAUCCGCGAAUUUUUCCAUUCCCUACUUAUAGGCGUUUAUUAGAGAUUAUCAAUUUUUCUAAUACAAGAAAUAAUUAGCCAUAUUUACGAUUACACUAUAAAACAGCACUAAACUAUAGUUAAGUAUGGACUCAUUUCAGAUUAAAAUUUUUAAAUAUAUAGGCCCUUAGGAUGCCAAACUAUUUACGUAUGAGUACGUUCCUCAGUAUGAUACAACAUGAGUAAACUUAAAAUUAUUUUGAUUCUACAUUAGGUUAUUUCUCAUUCCAAAUAUAUAACGAAACAAAUUGUUAGUUUUAAAAUAUCUAUUUAAUAAUUUUUAUUUAAUUAUGAACAUAAAAAGCAUUCAAUAAAUCCAAAUAUAUAUACACCCCCUUGUGCGACACACUGACCUAUACAAAUUCUAACCCACUUCCAGACCAGCUAGAGACUCGAAAUUUUCACAGGAGGUAGAUCUCGUCCUGUAACCUUUUUAAUUUCUUACCCCCGAAAAAAAUUAUAAACUAUCGAAAAACAACUAAGCCUGGCCAUCAUAGCAACACGAUCGGACCACAUUAUGUUUAUUUUUAAGCAAGGCCAUCUAUCAUCAUAUCUUCUGUGAGAGUUUUGAUUAUUUUCCAUGCUUAACUUAAAUUGGCAUGUCAAUCGAAAUUUAUGAGGUCUAGAACUUUCGUCGUUAGUACAGUAUACAGUAUACAGACCCGCAUGGGGGGGGGGGGGGGGGGGGGGGAAUUUGGGGUGCAGCCCCCAACGAGCGAAAGCGAGUAUAUUUAUAAUGCUUCAGCUAGCUCAUAACUUUAUACUCUUAAAAUUCGGGACUUCUGAAUUCAAAUAUAUUGAACAUUUAUCUAUUGUUACAAUUUAGCAAUUUAUGAAGCUGAGCAACUUGCAUUUAAUAAGAAAUGUCUUUUACUAUAAGAAAAAACAAAUACAUGAACAAUCAACGAUCCUUACUUUAUAAUUUAAAAUUACACCUCACUUGGUAUUAAGUGUAACUGAAGUUCAUAGGAGGUACGUGCGUAGUUUUAUUUUCUACACUCCUUCUGGAUGUAUGGAUUCAGUAGUUUUACUAUCGAUUAAAAAGUCAGCGAUAUCUCGUAGACGACUCUGUUUUUAACUGCUGUAAACGUAAUCUAUGCUAUUAUAAGCAUUCAAUUGUUGAGAACACUCUUCUGUUGUCUGCAUAUAUGCUCAGCAAACCACAGUUCUCCGCAGUGCGGCUUCUAGUAAUAAUAUUUGGAUCUAGGUAAUGACCCCCUGCUUAAGUUUGACGACGAUCGCAUCAAAUACUAUUUCACCAUAUUUCACCAUGUUUGACUACUUGCUUAGAAGUUUUGGUAUGUGCAUUUAACCUCUCAAAUAAUUUGUUUGUUCUUUUGUAUAAUGACUUCACAUUUACAUUCAUACCUACCUUUUUAAGUGCUUUAAUAUCUUCAGUAGGCUAGUUAUUAUUUGAUACAUAUAUCAUAUAAACAUUAAACAUAUUAUCACAGAAUACUUUUUACGACUUAACGUUUAACAUGUAUUACAAUAUUGACAAUACUUAAAAUAAAUCUUUAAUUGUGAUAUAAAAAUUUCGAAACCUAAGGCUAUUAAAAUACUUCUGAAAUCUUUUUCACUAACAGUUACUUCAGCAGUGAGCAAAAUAUAUAUUAUAAAACAAAAUGUACAGUACUCUGUGUAUUCACAAACUUAUGCUUACAUUUUAGGACUCAAAAAUGCUACCUAUAUCCUCUGACUAGCUUCGACUAGUUAAUGUAUUAGGCAUAGACAUGCUUCAUCCAUCCGAACUUUCUUUCCCGCUUUAUCACCUAACAGUGUGGUUAAAGCUCUAUCACACGAUUGAUGGUUUCGUAUCUGCGCCUGUAAAAUCUUAUUUAUGCAGGCUGACUUGCAAGCUUAUGUAGACGUUUCACUCAAAGUAGUACUUACAUGGUACAACAUAACCAAGAUUACAAAAUUGGUAAAUAAUUAAAAUUAAAUGUACAUUCACUUGAACUAAAAAAAAAAAACUUGUUUCAAGUUGUUGAUUUAAUGAUAAGUACACUUCAUAGGUACUAAGUAAAUAUUGAAAAAAAAAGAAUACUUACUAGUUUUUCCGAAGGAAUAUAUUACUGGAUAAAUUUAUCAUAUUACAAUAACAGGAAUUUUUAAAUUACAGUGCCUACAUGUAUGCAACAUUAGCUUAUAUAUGCAUGCCAGUAUAAUAUAAUACAAAUAAAUCACAAAUGUAUUUAUUUGUGUAGGUAUAUCCUUUUUCUAUACUUAACACAAUUUUUGUGUGGAUUAUUCACAAAAACGAACAUACUCUCACCAAGGGCUGACCGAAUACUAUUUUGCAAGAAACAUGCAGGUAUACUUUUUGCUUAUGCGCCAAAUCUGUCGAAGACAAAUGUUGUUUACAAACGCUAGGAAAAAAAAAUAUUAUGAAACUUCAGAAACUUUUUGCUGUAACCGAACAUUUUCUUAUCCUGGGCAAUAUAAGGCACUAACAGUUAGUUGCAAAUAUAGGUAUACAGUUUUGCUAGUGGUGAUAAGUUGAGCUGCCGAUUACACAGAAUAGUAUUAACUUCCGCUCGUGCAAAUUUCUCGCGCUAAUUAUGCACAUUUUUUGUAACUUUGUUUUCAUUUCUAAAAAAUUUUUAUCCCACGUUCUCUCUUUAUUCCAGAAUACAUUUAGGGGGCCAGUUUACGUACUAAAAUAAGCUAAAUUUAAACCUAAAGACAACACAAGCAUAUCGCAACCUGCGCACAAUACGCCAACAUUUCCCUGAGUCACGGAGAUCAGCUGACACCAAUAAUAAAGUUAAGUUUUGUAAUAAUGAGUGAGUAAUAAGAAAAAAACAUUGCGCUAGAAUGUUUUCAUGCAUAGUGCCCGUAGCAAUUCACAAAAUUUAGGAAUAGAUUCUUAAUUAGUGUACGGUGAUAGAACAGUUUUAAAGGUAAAAGCAAUACUUAUUUUUAUAACGUAUAGCAAAAUAAUUUAAGUUGAUGUUUUGAUAUAAAUUGAUGGCACAUUUAUUUAAAGAUUCUUUUGUAGCUUUGGCAAAAUUUAUGUACAACCCUUCAAAUCUAGAAACUUUAACUUCAACACUGGCUGCAUUAUGUGGUUAUUUUCAGAUUGGUAUCUGGUGCAGUUUGAAGAAGAUGAUGUUCUGCUAACCUGUUCAUCUUUUAGAACUAAAGUAGACGAAGUAAAAGGUUUUCUUGCAAGGUGGCCCACUGACGGACAAUGGUAUCCUGCUCGAAUAAUAGAUGCUGGAGGUAAAAUUAUUUUACAAUAUCUUCUUAGAAAUAUUCCAAAUCUCAAUAACGUGAACGUAAAAAAAUCUAUGUAACUUUUAUUUUAAUCACAAUUAUUUAAUAGUGUAUUUUGCUUGCAAAAAGACAACUUUUUUUAAGCUACGCACUGCCGAUAAUAACCGAUUUUAACAUAUGUAUUUAAUUAUUGAAACAGUGACACAUAACAGCCCCCUCACCUGUUAUUAAAUUUAAACUAUUUCGUAAUACAAUUAUAUAUAAAACAAGCUGUAAAUUUAAAUAAUUUCCUUUUGGUUUUUUAUUACUACUAUUUGUAUUUAAUAUUGCGUGUGAAGUUCACAAAGGCUAUGCACAUUUUUAAUUUUUGUUUUGUUUUAAAUAAGUUGAUCGCAGGUUUUCGCGGCAGUUGUAAGAAUGAGGCUCUCUGCUUUUGAGUUGGAGCAGCAAUGAGAUAGUUAAAGAAACCAAUGAGCAUACUGUACUGACAAUAUUUAUAUUGUCUCAUCCUUUAUGUACCUUUGUGUACCAAGAUUCAACGCUCCAGUCUGAAGGGAGAUUCUUAUGAUAAUUAAUUCUAAAACAGUUAGGUGCAUACCAAUAGUUAACUAUACCAAUUUGAUUUAUGCUUGCAGAUAAAAAGUCAAUGCUGGAAAAACAGAAGCAUCUGGAAUCAAUUAGAUAUGCUACACAUACAUCUUCCCGUAAGAUUUCCCAGAAUACUCAAGGCACACUGGUAAGUCGCCAAAUAUUGUAUCACAAAUGUUUAUUGUGAGGGCUAUUACUUAAUGUUAUUAAUUUGUUCUUGUUAAUGUCACCGUUUUGGGCUGGGAGGCUUAUCAGGAUAUGGCUUAUGUAUGCAACCUUAAAUAUCCAUGACUUACCCGGAAAUAGAAAUCAAGAUAUUCGUAUCGCAAGCAUGCGUUCUACCAACUACGCUACUGUCAUGUAUAGUCUAUUUCAGAUAAUGUGAGAAUUCUUUUGCACAUGCUGAAAAUUACAUUCAUAGCUAAUAAAGAAUUAAUUUUUUGUGAUAUAAGAAUAUAAGGUAUCUUAAUACUGAAUUUUCAUUGAAAUACUUGUCAAAAAUAUCUUACUUUACCUGAAAUACUAUAUUGUUACAGUUUCUCAAGUUGAUUUUAAGAUUCCCGUGUUUCCCUGUUUCAUUAAAUCAUAUCAUCUCAGCUGGUUGGGAACUAUGAUCUAUGAUAUUGUAAGAAUGGGUUUCCCUGAUAACCACAAAACUGCACACAUUUGAUACUUAACAAUAUCUUCUUCUAGUUAUGAGUCACUAAAUUAUGCGUUGAUUGUACAGGAUGAAGCCGCAGCUGUCAACGAAACCAUUCCCUACUCAAUCUCCACAGAAAAAAAUGAAGAGUGCGGUGAGAAGGAAAACGAGAAGGCUAGUAUCUUGCAAAAAGACAGAAAAUUAGAAACCCAACAACUCUUAGAAUGUAACAGUAUCCCAGAGACAGAUUUUGUGUGUAGUUCUGAUAAGGUAACAGAAUCCAUCACCACAAUAACUCCGGCUGACAAAAUAGAAACUGUGGAUUUGACAUCACAUAGUGUUAAAGAGAAUGAAAAAGAAAUAUCACACAAUUCCGACAGAGAAAAAAAUAACAUCAGCGGAAUUAUUUCCAAACAUGGUGUAUACAAUUUCUCAGAAACAGAAAACAUCAUAAUCGGUUAUAAUCAAGGAUCAUCAUGUUCAGCAUCAACACUACAGCCAUCAACAUCAUUCAUUGAGAGUGAUACGAUGUUUGAUCAAGAUAAAGUACACAGCAACGACAGUGACUAUCUCGAAAAUUCCAGCGAUGAUUUUCAGCCUAGUGAGAUUUCUUCAUCAACGGAAGAUACAUCAUGUGAUGAAGUAUCAAUUAAAGAUAACCGACAAAACGCAAAGAAAAAAAGGCGUACGUCAGAAAGUCAAUGACAGUUGCCUAGUUUAAGUUAUAAUCAGAAUUCAGAAAAUGAUGCUGAAAUUGCAAGUGAGAAGAUAUUAUCACCUUGUAACAUUACUCUUGCAGCAGAAACUUCACAAAAUCCGACAUACGAAAUUUGUUCAGAAACUUUAAAUCCAUCUAAGGAGAUUAUUAACAGUGAUUCAAAAAAUAUUAUUACAAUGGUUGUAUCUAAUACAGAAAAUAAACGUAAGUGGGACAAAAAGUUCUUCUGUGUAUACUGCAAAACAAUGCAAGCAAAAUUGCCCCGCCAUUUAGAAAGAAAACAUGCCAGUGAAAUUGAAGUGGCUCAAAUUCUCUCACUGGCCAAGAAUACUGCCGAAAGAAAGGAUAAAAUUUCUGCUUUAAGAGCUUUAGGCCUGUUUCAACACAAUACAGGUGUUUUUAAAACAGGCGCAGGAGUACUUAUCCCCAAGAGGAGACCAAAAGAACCUACUACACCGACCAAAUAUCUACCUUGCGAAAAGUGUGGUGAAUUUUAUGUAAAAAAACAACUAGCUAGGCAUCAAUUAAAAUGCAAGAAAAUGGCAAAUGCAGGAAAACCAUGUGGUAGGGAUCGCAGUGUCCAAGCAAGAAGUGCACUACUUAUUCCCACAGGAAAAAAUGCAAGCACUAGAUUCAAAUGUUUGAUUAUGAGUAAAAUGACACACGAUGGAGUUUUUCAAGAAAUAGCUACUGAUAAACUUAUCCAAACCUUUGGUGAAAGUUUAUUAGAAAAGCUAGGUCAUGAAGAGAGACAUCACCGUAUGAUAUCAAACCGAUGCAGGGAACUUGGCAGAUUCAUGUUGGAAGUGAAAAAAAUCGACUCGGGAGUGAAGACACUUACAGAGCUCAUAACACCAUCAAAAUACCAGACGGUAAAAAAAGGUGUACAGAAUGUUGCUGGUUUCGAUUUCGAAACAAAUACUUUCAAAACUCCAUCGCUGGCUUUAAAACUAGGACAAUCUCUCAAGAAAUGUGCUUGUGUACUGAAAGGAUCUUUCAUGGAGGAUAAUAUCCUUAGACAUUCUGUUGAUGAUAUCAACAGUUUUCUCGAACUUGUUGAGCUUAAAUGGACGACUGAGAUGGCCAGUAAAGCACAUCGAACUCUAGAAGAGCGUAAGUGGAACGCUCCCCGAAGGCUUCCUCUUGCAAAAGAUAUUGUAGUUUUAAACAAAUUUUUGCUCAAAGAGGAUGCGCGCUUGUGCAGUCAAAUCAUUAAGCAGCCUUCAGUGAAUACUUUCGAACAACUAACUGAGGUAGCUCUAUGUCGAACACUUGUACUUAAUUGUAGGCGUGUUGGGGAAGUUCAGUACAUGCACCUGAAAGAUUAUAAAGAAACUACCCACAUUGAUGAAGAUUCGGAUAUAUUCAAGUCACUUUCAGACUCUGAGAAAGCACUAACUAAGAAACUGCGACGAAUUGAAAUAAGGGGUAAAAAAGGCAGGAAAGUCCCUGUUAUCCUCACGGAAGAUAUGCAGUCAACAAUUAAUCUGCUUGUAGAGAAGAGAGAAGAAUGUGGCGUAAGCAAUAGCAACAAGUAUUUGUUUCCAUCUCUCCGUCAUGAAUCUGGACAUUAUAGAGCGCAUGUUGUUCUUCGAAAAAUGGCUGUAGCCAGCGGAGCUCAAAAUCCAUCAUCUCUUACAUCAACCAAACUCCGAAAGCAUGUGGCGACCAUGACACAGCUUUUGAAUCUACGAACACAUGAGCUAGACGCGUUAGCGACAUUCAUGGGUCACGAUAUUCGUGUGCAUAGGCAAUAUUACCGUCUUCAAGAUGACGCUAUGGAACUAGCUAAAGUCAGCAAGCUUUUAAUUAAUUUGGACAAAGGAAAACUUUCACUAAUGAAAAACAGAAAUUUGGACGAAUUGGUUGUAGCCAGUGAUGAAAGUUUAUCAGAAGAUGAAGAAAUUGAUGACUUGGAAAAAGACGAAAUGCCAAUAAAUUCUGUUGGAAACGAUAUCACCAGUUUUCCGAGUACUUCUGCACUCACUGGUCAUGCAACAGAGAAAUUUUUUAAGAAUUCAAGUGCGGAAAGUGUUAAAAAAUCUGUAACAAUGAAAUCCAAAAGACGGCAUGUAAAGCCAAGACCAUGGUCACAAGAUGAACUAGUGAAUGUCAGGCAGUUCUUCAGAGGUUUUAUACAUCUCAAAAAAGUACCAAGGAAAGAAGAUGUUCAGAAGUUUUUAGAAAAACAUGGUGCACAGUUGCAUCAAAGGUCGUGGUCAGAUGUUAAAUGGUGUGUGAAGAAUUCUUUCAGUAAGAUUUUAGAAUAAAAUUUAAUAGUUAAUGAUUUGAAAAAAAAGUUUUUUUUUUAAAUUUCAUAACACAUUGGUUAUAAAUAUGUUGAUAUGUUGAUUUUGCGUCGGCAUAUGAACUCAUUCACACACACACAUAUAUAUUUCUAUUCAUUUAUAUAAUUUCUGAACAUCCCAUAUAAAACAGAAAACUCUUAUUGGUUUAAAAUUAUUCCUUACUAUUACCAGGUAACAUAUAUUUUUAGGAAUGCAAAAUUCACUGUUACUGUUUAAUAAUCACUUUAAUACAUUGGUAUUGGCGUAUUAGCAUUCAAGUCUAUUAUAAUGGAAAGAUAAUGCUAUAUGUAUGUUUUGACUUUAAAGCAUAUUUUGUACAUAAGGGUUUUUCAUAACUUAAAAAAAAUUGCUAGGGAAAAUUUUUUGAUGUGUUUGAACUGAAACAUGUUAUUGUAUAAAUGUUAUAUUUAUGAACAUAUUCCGUCAAUUCCUCUUCUAGGCUAUGUAUGUGUUUUAAUAUGUAUCAUAAUAUGGAAUAAUGCUAGGCAACACUUGUAUAGAAUAAUUAAAAUGUAUUGUAAGAACAUCAAUCUAUAUAUAUGAAAUGAACUGAAGCUGAUUUUUGUGUGAUCUUUGAGAAAAUUUAAGUUUAUGUGUUAAGUUACUGGAAGGAAGACAUAAGACUGUAUAUUAUAAUGUUAAUUAACAUUGAUAAUUGUAAUUUUCUAUUGAUACCAAGUUAAUUUUAUCAACAACGUAAACUGCUAUUUAAUACACCAUAAUUGUUAACGUGACACUGCUGUGAAUAUGAUAAAAUUAAUAAAUAACUUAAAAAACACAUACCGUUAAAUACGAUAGUUACGCCAAAAUAAUUAACAAUAUAUUAUUAUAGUAGAUGAAAUAGUGGCACGUUAGACAUAUGACAUUAUUUAAUUUUUUUAUGGAAAGUAACCAAGUAGUAAUGUUUUAUUUUUGAACAUGUAUAUUAACAUGAUUAUGUAUAUAUUUUAAUCAAAAUAACUAUUAUGUAAAAUAAAUGUUUUGAAUUUUUUAAGGGUUGUUCUUAGUGAAAUAAGGAGUGCAAUGAAUGAUUACUUGUUGCAUAAUUGUUUUGUGUAAUGUAAUUUAUUUUGUCUAAGUUUACUUCAUAAUUUGUUCUAUUUUAUUGCAAAAUGAACAAUGAAACUAUGUUAAAUAAUAUUUAAAGUUGUUUUAUUUAAUUUACAUUGAAUUAAGUUCUAAAUUUAUUUUUAUGUGAAUAAAAGAAUUUCAGUUGAUAAAUAAAGUUAAAUUUUUAAAUUCAUUAUUGAAAUGAUAUGUGCGUAGUAUAGCAUUGAUAACUUUGAUAAUGCAGUGUUUCUGAAUUUAUGUCAGCAAUGUAUGUGAAUAAAGUGCCUAAUUUUUUUUCGA